CUCCCCCCGAGACUUAGCGGAGUCAGCAGCAGCAGCGGCAGCAGCAGUUUAUCCAGCCAAGGCUCAGGAGAAGAACACCAUGAGUCACUUUAAGGAGCGCUUCGUGGCGGUGCUCCAUGAGAAGAACUUUGUGACGGAUCAGCUGGCGACGCUGGAACAAAAAACGGGCGUGAAGAGAGAAUAUCUCGCUCUGGGUUUCCUGGGUUUUGUCGGCCUUUACCUCCUGUUUGGAUACGGAGCCUCGCUGCUCUGCAACCUGAUUGGUUUCGCCUACCCAGCAUAUUUCUCCAUCAAAGCCAUCGAGAGCUCGGUGAAGGAGGACGACACCCAGUGGCUCACCUACUGGGUGGUCUACGGACUCUUCAGCAUCGUCGAGGCCUUCUCCGACAUCUUCCUCUUCUGGUUCCCCUUUUACUACGCCAGCAAGUGUGUGUUCCUGGUGUGGUGCAUGGCCCCGGUGUCGUGGAACGGCUCUGAGAUCCUGUACCAGCGUGUGAUCCGGCCCUUCUUCCUGAAGCACCAGGCUGAGAUCGACCACAUGGUCAGUGAUCUGAGCAGCAAGGCCAAGAACCUGACGGAGACGGUGGCUAAGGAGGCUGUUAACCGGGGCCCUGGACCACAACAAGGACCAGUGAGACUCACCAUGGGACGCCUUUCUCUCUUUGUGUGCAUGUUUGGGUAACUGACAGAGUGUGUGUGUGUUUGUUGUUGUUGUUGUUGUUGUUGUUGUGUCCUUUCCGUCCAUGACAGAAGAUGCUGAUCUGGUGAACUGAAGCUUCACGUUGGUGAUAAAUAAAUUAAAGCUUGUAUCUGCUUCCACAUCGAGACAAUCAGAGUUACUGUGACAUUUUUAUGUGAUUUCAUGUCUUUGUUGUCGUGUGAAAGAAAUUCAUUGAACUUUGUUGACGUGCCUGCAGGUUUCAGCAGCACUAGCGCUACAUUUUAACUGUAAUUGAGCCAUUUGUGAUGGAAAAUGAAGACAACAUGACGGUUAUUAAAGCAGGUUUUCUUCAAACGAGUCCACAAACAGCACUUUGUAACAUCGAGGAUCCAAACUGGAACUGUUUUCUGUCACUAAUGUCUGUCUUUGUUCUUUUAAAAGCCUCAGUGUGUUCUCUUCCUGUUUAAAGUCUGUUUCAAUCUGUAACUUUAUCUGGACGACUUCUGCCUGUUUAUGUCUUAAUUUAUCGUCUCAUAAUGAAGAAAUAAUAAAACUGGAACCUUAAUGAACUAAAGAA